UGGGGACCAGGCUCAUGGCUUCGACCCAACAACUGUCGAGAACGCUUCAUUAGUGCUUACAUUUCCUAAAUACAGCAUAUGGACAGGUCCAAACCCCAACGCGAUCUCAGUCCUCUUGGGGCACUGCCAAUUCAUCGGGCGUUGCGUGCGAAGGCAGCCCUGGCUCCGCGUGGCCGCGACACGACCUAUUGUACCCAGGUUCGACCAUCGCUCCCUGCUUGACGCGUCAGCCUCAUCUCUCAGAUAUAUGCGUUUGCUAGACGACAUGUGGAAUAUCUCGUAUUCGUAUAUAUCACAAGGGCGACUGUCUUUCUUUCUAUUAAAUAUUUGCUUGGCACUAGCAGGCUUAUGCUUGGCCAGCCAUACAAUCGCCCCAAAUGAUACGGCUUGGCAGCUGCCAGCAUCCGGUUGGGCGACUAUGACCCAUUAUGAGCUUCCGAAGGGCUGGGUAGCGUCUUGCGGCUGCGUUGGGCGCGUCACGUAUCACCCAGUAGCAGCGCUGAAUAGACUCGCGUAUGGCUCGAACACAAGCUUUGGGCCCGCCUGUGGCACUUGCGUCAAGCUCGUCCUCAAAUCAACACCUUUGACUCCCUUGCCCGGGCCAGAUGGUACCGGCGGUAAUGGGAUAGCCUUUGAUGAGCAGCAGCAAGAUGACGGGGAAGCACCCAGUGUCGUCGUCAAGAUCGCCGACUUGUGUCCAGGCUUGGGGGGCCCGCAUUGCAAUGCGACGGUGAAAGGACCCAAUGCGCUCGGCUCCUAUGUUCACUUUGACCUGGCUUGGCCCAGCCCCACUAACGCUAUCCCUGCCAACUUUUUUCCCGGCGACCAUGAUUAUGGCGUAUGGAAUGUCACCUACGCUUUCGUCUCCUGCCAGCAGUGGGCCGGAUACAACGAUGCUGCGGCUCUGGGGUCAGAAUGGGGGCAGCAAAACUCGGCCUGCUGCCCUGACGACCCUGUUCUGCCGUCGAAUACGCAAUACGGACUCACAAUUCUGCAAUCAGCAGCGGCGAUCACUGCUGACGGACUCGUUGGUGCGAGUUCUCAGCGGGCCACCUGCCCGCCAUACUGGUCGACCCGUGCUGCCGACCCGGCCAUCGUGCCGAACACUUCCAACAUCUUGAGCAAGGACGAUGGGAUCGGGAACAGUGCUGCUUCCUUCAAGGGCGAAAGCGGCGCGCAACGGCUGUGGACCUUGCCAUGGUUGGCAGCAGGUCUCGUCAGCCUUCCGCCCUUGCUCCCAACCUAAAAUGCCCGAGCUGGUGGGGAAUAGACCUCCACAGCGCGCCUUCUGUCUAUCAGGCCAUUAUUCAGCGAUAUACGUCAAUCUCUCACAUGCCGGGCUUCAUUUAUUUAGACGGGAUGACAGGACUCAACGGGCAGGGAUUAGGCCUUAUUCGUACAUGAGCCAGUGCUUCAAUGGUGUCAAGGGGUUUAGGGAGUGCUUGCAAUGCAGCAUGU